AUGAGCCCGACAUCCGAAGAAGCAUCGGAGCUGGAUAUAUCAUCGAGCUCGCCCGACUUCAAGUCCUGGUCUCGAAGCAGCAGCAUCACCAGCAGACACACCAACAACACUGAAGUCAACGACCCCCUCGAAGACGCCGAAUUCACACGCUCCGUCCAGCAGCUCAUCGAGUCGCUCGAAACCCACCGGGUAAACACCCUCACAGAGCUCUGCCGGAUCGAGCGCGUGGCCGCGACCUGCGAGAACGAAGAGGACGCCGUCGCCUUCCAGGGCCCCAUGACGGCGGCCUGGGACUACUACGUCAACAGCAACCAGCUCCUGAGCGAGCUGCGAGGGAUGACGCGCAGCUACCCGAUCUGCAGCGACAUCCUCUACGACGCUCACGUCCGCGUGCGCAGCGACCCGAACUCGAACAAGAGCUGGAACCUGGCCUGGCUCUGCUUGACCAAGAUCCAGGAAGAUGGCCUAGUUGACGGAUACGCCGGCGUUGAGGCCGUGAAGCCUGAGAUGUGGGGAGGCCGCGAGCCUUCGGCGGAGGAGGCGGAACAGCUCAAGGCGUGCUUCGUGUACGAAUGGAACAAGGCCUUGAGUGCCAUGCUCAGGCACUGGGCCGUCGAUCCGGUCUGGUACUAG